AUGCCUACACACACACAGAACUACCCAUCAGUUUUACACUCAGAAAAACUUUCUCAACACUCAGUUGCUGAAUUAGGCAUAGAGUACGCCAGCUACGUUUUUAUAGCCACGCACACGCAGAGCUACCCGUCAGUUUUACACUCAGAAAAACUUUCUCAACACUCAGUUGCCAGAUUAGCUAUAGAGUACGCUAGCACUAUCAAAUCUGCGAAGCCGAAAAAAAAAUUUGGCUUUAAUUCAUCAGCCAAGGUUGAGUAUGAAUUCUGUUUAUUAACUGAUACUGAGUGUGGCUGUUCAAUCCA